AUCCAGAGGCUUCCGUAGGGCCCAGCAUGGCGGCCGCACUAUUGCGAGAGUUGGGUGCAUUGUGGGUACCAACCCUGAGGAUCUGGGCAACGCAGACGCUGCGAGUUUUACCACAGUCAUGUAUCCACACAAGUGCUUCUCUUGACAUUUCUCGAAAAUGGGAGAAGAAGAAUAAGAUUGUUUACCCACCUCAACUCCCUGGUGAACCUCGGAGACCAGCAGAAAUUUACCAUUGUCGGAGACAAAUAAAAUACAGCAAGGACAAGAUGUGGUACCUGGCAAAGAUGAUACGAGGCAUGUCCAUUGAUCAGGCUUUGGCUCAGCUGGAGUUCAGUGAUAAAAAGGGGGCUCAGAUAAUUAAAGAGGUUCUCUUAGAAGCACAAGACAUGGCAGUGAGAGACCAUAAUGUGGAAUUCAGAUCCAAUUUACACAUAGCUGAGUCUACCUCAGGUCGAGGCCAGUGCCUGAAGCGCAUCCGUUACCAUGGCCGAGGUCGCUUUGGCAUCAUGGAGAAGGUCUAUUGCCACUAUUUUGUGAAGCUGGUGGAAGGACCCCCACCCCGACCUGAAGCACCCAAGACAGCAGUUGACCACGCCAAGGAGUAUAUUCAGCAGCUUCGCAGCCGGACCAUCAUCCAUACUCUAUGAGAUCUAUGCUGGUCAUUCUGGCUCCACAGUGUAUAUAUUUUACAUUUACUUUAAAAAGUAAAAACAAAUGAUUUUUA